AUGUACAAUUUGAAGCUGGAUAAGUUCGAGGGCCAUGAAGGUUUUAAGGGAGCGGAGCAGUGGCUAGAACAUAUUGAGAAGACCUUUCGUGUUCUUCAUAAUCAGGGGAAUUUCCCUGUUGAGAAGUGGGUUGAGAUGACAUCUUGGUUUUUGGGUAAGGAUUCGGCAUCCUGGUGGGAGCAGGAGGUUCGUUUGUCCCCAGAGGAGAUGACUGAUUGGGAGGUGUUCAGAGAGUUGUUCAGGAGAAGGUUCGUGCCUCCUGAGUACAUUGAUCGCAAAAAGCAGGAAUUCACUAAGUUAAGGCAAGGGAAAUUGACGGCGAACGAGUAUUAUUGGAGGUUUACUGAUUUGUCCCGUUAUCAUCCGGAUGUUGCUGCCAAUCCGGCAGAGAUGCUUCGUCGUUUCCGCUUGGGUACUAAGAAGAAGCAGCGUUCUAUGACGACCAUUACCCCUUGUGACACCUACCAGGAGUUCUAUGAGAUUCUGUUGAGGAUUGAGGAUUUCGAGAACAUGCCCAGUGAGAGUGAGGAGGAAGAGAAAUAUGGUAACCAGAGGAAGGAUGACAAGGGCAAAGGUCAGGCAUCGCUCGGACCUCACAAGACCCAGAGCUUUAAGCGAGGUGGAACCAGUUCUAGUUCUUUUAGCGGUGGUUUUAGUGCCACUGGUCAGGGUCGUGGUGGUAGAUUUGCUGGGGAUACUAGAGGUCAGAGGCAGGGUGAUGUGAUGUGA